AUGUUCCUAUCUUGGAUGAGUUGUAAUGAACAUAAUGAGGAUGCACGAAAACUUUCUUAUGUUGAGUUUCCUACAAAAUUUGUAUGGAAACAAGAAGAUCGUUGUUGGGAGCCAAGAAAAAAAGGGUUUUCUAUUGGGAGGAUUCACACAGUUUCACCUAAUCUCGGUGAAGCAUAUUUUUUGAGAAUUCUUUUAAAUAAAGUCAAAGGUCCGAAAUCGUUUGCAGAUAUUCGUACGGUUAAUGGACAAAUAUGCCCUACUUUUAGAGAUGCAUGUUAUGCUCUUGGACGUUUAGAAGAUGAUAGAGAAUAUAUUGAUGUCAUCGACGAAGCAAGUCAUUCAGGAUCUGGUUAUUAUUUACGGUUUCUAUUUGCAACUAUGCUAAAGUCUAAUAGUUUGUCUAAACCGUGUUAUGUUUGGGAAAAUACUUGGCAAUACUUAUCCGAUGGAAUUCUCUACAAUCAACGAAUAAGAUUAAAGUCUCCAGGUUUAUCCCUUAAUGACGAUCAGGUUAAAAACUUGACGCUAUAUGAGAUUGAAAAAAUUCUACUCCAAAACAGUUCAAGCCUUAAAGAUUUUGUUGGGAAGCCUUACCCUGAUCAUGAUUCGGUAUCUUCUUCAAACAACCGUUUGAUUACUGAGGAGUUAGAUUUUGAUAUGAACAAUCUACAAAAAGAAUCUCAUCAACUACUUGAUUCAUUAACAAUUGAACAACGAUCAAUUUUUUAUGAAAUCAUGACAGCUGUUAAACAGAAAAAAGGAGUUGAUCCUAUUGGUUCAUUAAUUGGAUUUGUCUAUCCUUCUAUUGUUGAAAAUGCAAAGAAUCCGGUUUAUUUUCAAGAAAGAGCAAUCAUUGCACCGAAGAAUGAAGUCGUUCAAGAGAUUAAUGAGCGUUUGUUAAAAUUAUUUUCAAGAAAGAGCAAUCAUAUGGAUUAUAUAUCAAGGUAA